CAGCACUGAGCUCAUCAUAUCAAGGCGCUCUAACGUUCUACAAUGUUAUAGCUAGCUAGGCCUAAUGUUACCGGGACCAGCCAGAGGAAAGGGAGACUUAUGCUUUAUUAUUUCCUACAUCGGACAUGACUGCAAGAACAUCCCAGACUUCCUUGGAGACACCUAUGGCCAGCUUGCAAGAAGGCUGGAUCUAAGCUUCAAUCAGCUCAGGUCACUGGCGGGCCUCAAACUGUUCACCGAGCUGGAAGAGCUGAUCGUCGACAACAAUCUGCUUGGAAAUGACCUCCGGUUGCCCAGGUUACCCAACCUCCACACCCUGACGCUCAAUAAGAACGAUCUGACUGAUAUCGAGGCCCUGCUGGAACACUUGGCUGAUGUGACCCCGUCACUGAAGUACCUAAGCCUGCUGGGAAAUGAGGCCUGCCCCAACCAGCUGGUCAGCCCGGAUAAGGACGAGGACGACUACCAGAGAUACAGGUACUUUGUUCUGCACAAGCUGCCCCAGCUGAAGUUUCUGGACACCAGGACAGUUACCAAAAAAGAAGUGACAGAGUCGCAGGCAAGAGGAGCAUUCAUGAAAGUGGUCAAACCAAAGUCGGAAGCUCCACCUAAUGAGAUUGGAUCUGAGAGUCACCCACUGCCCUACACUCCUCUACCCCGAGGAUCCAAAGAUGCCAAGAACCACAAAGGGGUAUUCGCCAAGUGUCGCUACGUUUACUAUGGCAAGCACUCGGAAGGCAACAGAUUCAUCCGAAACGACCAACUCUGAUGGACAGCCGGUCAGCCAUGAUGGAUCACCCGUCCGCUGCCGCCACUAAUCAAGGGUGAAAGGGGUGACGGUCACACACCUGGGGCCUGACAUGAACUCAUCUCUCUCUCUCUUUUAUACACACACACACACACACACACUCUAUCACACACAUAACUGCUGUUUAAAUCAUUAAAUCUUCGGCUAUACUUUCCACAAGGGCGGUCGCACGGCCAUGAGCUGACGUGGAAUCGUGACAAGGAAACAUUUGUAUUCUUUAUAUUAUUUUGUAUUAUUUGUGGAGGGUUUCUCCUCACGGCAAACCAACAUUUUCAAAGCUCCUCAAAGUUCUCCAUUUUCUCUGCCCAUCCGCAUAGUUUGUAAAAAUUUGGAUGUGCACGGACUGGCGAAAAGUUGCCGCACGGAACAUGAAUCACGCUUAAUACAUUUUACAGAGUUUGACAGAACAAGGAUUUUCAAAGAUUUUCAUUCAAAACUUGAGGCAUGACCAGUUUCUAUUGUUUAGUUUUUGGCACACUGCAGAACGCUUUUCCUUCUUUUCUUUGAAUGAAUUUUAUUGAAUGAAUUUUAUUAUUGUGUCUCUAAGAAAAGAAAGAAAAGUCAGGCUUAUAUAUAUCUGAUAUCUGAGCAAUGACUCGGACAGUUUCUGUUGUAAGAUUGUAUAUGUUAGCACACUGGUUCCCAACCUGGGGGUCCCAGUCCCCACUAUGGUUCACCAAAGCUUGACAGGGAGUUGCAAGGCCUUAUUGAUUUUAAGGGGUGUAAGACAACUUUUUUUUUAAAUAUACAGUUGCCCUAUAUCUCAGCAUUUCAUUCAUUUCCGUGAAGAAAACUAAAUGAAAUUGUUGUAUUCAAAGUAUGGAUUAUUAUUUAAGAUAUAAACAGGAUAAGGGCACGGUGAAGACCUGAACACAAGCUGUAUUCCCUCUCUGUUAAACAGACUCGACCUGCAUUAGUACGCACUUAAAACAACCAAAGAGCUAAUGGAACAAUGGCAAAGAUUCUGUCAAAAAUAAGCAUAUUAAGUAUUAUGAUUGUUAAAGAUUAAAAAAAUUCUGAGAAUCAUAUUAAAAGUUCCAAAGAAAUAACAGGAAAACACAUCUCUGAUGUAAUAUUCACAGGAAAUAAUCUGCUCAAAAUUCAUCCAAAUCGCUCGUUUUACUUCCUGCAGUUAUUGCGUUCACUAUUUGGGUUUAUUGUGCAGUUUAUCAGUUGUUCUGUACUGUUAUUGUUAUGUAUUCAAUAUAAUAUGAAAUAUCCAUAAUACAUGUCACUCCCUUUACUCAAUGAUAGAAAAGGGGUCCCUUAAGGAAAAAGGUUAGGAUCCACUGUGUUAGCACAUGUGUACAGAUGUGUCAAAUGCAGCUUUUAAUGUCAAAACGUUCCAAUACCAGCUUUAAUGAAAAACAGGCCAUGUUGUUGUGCCUUUUUUCCCCACUGUGUCUUCGACCAGUUAACUACUUCAUACUGAAAUAUGUGUGAUGUAUUAUUUGCAUUGUGAUGCAAUGAAAACAAAGUCUAAAUCUAUAUAUCUUCAGAAAAAUGCAUCUUAUAGAAUAUUGUCAAAUGCACUGUUUUUUAAAAAAUGUUUACAUUUUAUAAUACGUGUAUGAUCACCGUGGUUUUACAGUGCCCUUGUAAUGUGUUUAUUAUGAUUUGAAUGUCUUAUCACGACAAGCUACAGGUAGAAUAAAUGAUGUAAAAGAUAAAUGCCUCUAUCUUUUAGCAUCUUAGGUGAAGUUUUCCAGGCAACCCUCCAAUCUGAAAAUGUAUCACUGAUCUGAUAUAAAGUUGUAUUAGCUGGAUGUCUUCAAGUGAUUAAAGGGGUUGAACUAA